AUGGCACCAUCCUUUGAGGUGAUCAGCCAGCAACCCGGUGGUGGAUAUUUUUCAGGAGGCUUGGCGGGUCUCCAUCUCUGCUUCCUAUUUUUUUUCCUCACUUCACACUUUUCUCACUCCAGCUGCUGCAACAAGGACCAGUGUUUCCAACCAUAUUGUCCUGAAGAACAAGUUACUGCAGAAUUCCAGUACCUUCGAGCCUCUUCUGUUACUCAACCAGAUAUACCUCCUGGUCGUUUAACAUCUCAUCCUACUGUAACACACAGAGUCAGUUCAUCUAAAAGAAGUCAUAGUUUACCUACUGAACUAAAUGUAUCUGCUGUCAUAUCUUUAUCUGGAAAAAGACGUUCUUUAUUGUCUAAACUUAAAAACAGUACUUCCCUUUCUAAAAACCAAAGUAGAGCUAACUUUGAUUCUCAAGAAAAAUUAAGCCUCAACGAUUUAAACUCUUCCACAAACCUUUUUGGCUCUAGAUCCAGAAGAUUUUUCUCUGCCCCUAGACUAAGUGUAAUUUCCUGUUACCAGAAUGCUACUUUUUUUGAUUCUCAACCAACUUGUCAGAAAUUUUUGGCUCUAAAUGAAAUUGGACUAUUUUCUAAAGACCCAAGUAUUGCUGAUACUCAAAAACAUGCAAGAUUGUCUGCUCCUGAAUAUACCAGUAAACAUUUUAUGAGUAUUGAAACAGCAGAUACGUCAGCCCCUAAAAGCAUUGAUAAAGCCACUUAUUAUCAAAACACAGCAGCCUUCAUUCCUCAUCCAGUUGGUGUUUCUUCUUCCUGGUCACAAAAUAACGUUGCCACUGAUAUUCAGCAAAGUAACCAAUUAAGUAAAGAUCCAACAGAUUCCCUCUAUCCUGGUUCUCAAAGUCAUAAUCCAAACUAUUCUGCAGCUUUGGUUGAUGGAUUUUCUUCAGGUUGUAAAAACAGCUCCUGGUUUACCCCGUGUCAAAGUAUUACUUCAUGCUUCUUUCAAGAUCGAAAAGUUGUUGACUCACCCGAAGAUGAAGACAAAUCUUCAGCUGUUGAAAUUCCUAACACAAGGUCUCCUCAGACUUACUCUCUCAGAAAAAAAAAUCAGAAGUUUUUCUACCAGCCACUGUUGGUAGUCCACAGAAAUCCCUGCUCAGUUCUCAUAGAAGCCCCUCCCCUUAAUAAGCUUCGCUGCAUUUUCUGAAAAAGAUCCUUACAUUGCACUUUGAAUCUAGUUUUAAUUGUUGUAUUUUUUUUUUUUUUGAAAGAUAGUUUGUUAACAGUAUUGGAAUAUGGAAGUCAAAGAUUUUUUCCUCUGUUUCAGGUUUUUUACUGUUUUGAGACCGGCUGGUCCCCAGUUUUUGAGUGACUAUUGUAACACUUCUAUGGUCUGAACCUAGUAUCAAGCUUUGAUGUACCGUCUUCUAUAUGCACUCCAUUCUUUGGGAGUCUAGGGCCUUAUUUUAUCCUACUGUAAUCAUUAGAAAUAGUAUUCCUACAUAAUGUAUAACCAAACCCACUGGUGUCGAGUCCAUUCUGACUCAUAGUGACCCUGUAGGACAAAGUAGAACUGCCUCAUAGGAUUUCCAAGGCUGUAAAUCUUUUCAGAAGAAGACUGCCACAUAUUUCCCCUGAGGAGCGGCAGAUGGGUUCAAACUGCCGACCUUUAAUUAGCAGUGGAACGCUUUAACCAUUGCACCACCAGGGCUACUGUACAUAAUGUAUAAAACCAAAGGAAAAAAAAAAAACAAGCCCGUUGCCGUC